AUGUCUCAGAGAAUACCUGGAAGAAGCCUGAAGAGGUCUUCGGAUGUCUACGGCGUUUGUGCGCUGUGGGACGUAGAGACCGGCACUAUGCAGCAGGCUUUCGACCUCGGCCAGCCGCUCUCUGAUGUUGCCUACGGCCCCAACAGGCUGCUCGCAGUAGCCGGGGAGAACGGGGACUGCUUCCUGCUGGAUACACGGCAAUCAAAGGACGUUGCCGUGUUCUCGCCAGCGGAGCGUGUCCGGGGGCCGGCACGCAUCGCCUGGGGAGCCCGGGUCAACUCCGUGCUGGCAGUGGCUUCCGGCAAGGGUGGUGUGGGCAAGAGCUCUGUGUGUGUCAACUUGGCCUUCACGAUGCAAAGACAUUUGGGCCUCAAGGUGGGCAUUCUGGACGCCGACAUCUACGGGCCCUCACUGCCCUCCAUGGUGCCGGCCAGCGUCGCUGAGAAGGUCUACGCAUCAGAGGCGGGAGGCAUCAUCCCCCUGCACUUCGAAGGGGCGCCGUUGAUGUCCAUGGGCUUUCUGCGGCCCGCGGACUACGCGGCGGUGCGGGGGCCCAUGGUGUCGGCCAUGGUGGGGCAGAUGCUCACGACCACGGAGUGGGGCGAGCUGGACGUAUUGUUGGUGGACAUGCCGCCCGGCACCGGAGAUAUUCACCUCACAGUGGCGCAGCAGGCCCGGAUCGAUGCGGCCAUUGUUGUCACAACUCCGCAACAACUGAGCCUCAUCGAUGUGGAGAAGGGCAUCCGAAUGUUCGACAAGGUGAAGAUUCCAACUGUGGCCAUCGUGGAGAACAUGUCAUUCUUCGUGUGCGAUGGCUGCAGCAAACGCCAUGAAAUCUUUCAGCGGGGUUCCGGCGAGAAGCUUGCAAAAGAUUUCGGCAUCGAGCGCUUCUUCCGGCUCCCGUUGAAUCCCGCGCUCUCCAGUGCAGGUAUGCCCUUUGUAUUGGCCGAAUCUACCGGCGACAUCGUUGCUGAAUUUCAGCGGCUUGCCGAAGGAGCUCAGAGAGCCGUCCAAGACAUGAAAGAUGAGCAGCCCCAGCUGCAGAUGGAGGUGCAGGGCGCUGUACUUGUCCUGCAACGGGCCGGCGAGCAGCCGGUUGCGUUGGCUGCAAGGGAGGUGCUCUUGGAGUGCCGGUCAGCCAAAAUGAGGGACGAGAUGACCGGCGAGCGGCUCUUCCGGGAUCAGGACAUACCGAAGAACGUCAGGGCCACCAAGGUGGAGACCGCAGGGCGAUAUGCGGUCUACAUUGAGUGGUCGAACAAGCACCACUCGCUCUUCCCCUUCGACCUCCUUGGCGAAAUCUUUGGCCAAGGUCAGAUCUGGCAUGGCGCAGACUCAGACGAUGAGAAGAAGCCCACAGCUCAUAGACCUGACAUGCUCGCCGUGUCCUGGCAGGGCGAGGCUGCGCUAGCGCUCUACAGCGGCUGUCUUAGAACCAAGGCAACCCCGCGGGUGGUGAAAUCCUCGUCGUCCUCGACCAUCGCCAGCUUGCAGUGGAGCCACGCGUAUCCACAGCUGCUGGCCUGCGCGAGGGAAGAUGGCGACGUGGAGGUCUGGCACUUUCCAGAGAAUCUGGAAUUGGCCGCUGCUGCCACGGCGCCGGCGUACCGCUGGGCGCCGCGGGGCCGCGGCGCCUGCUGCACCGCGCUGGCCAUGAGCCCCGAGGUGCGGCCCGGCUGCCAUGCGCUGAUCCUGUCCACCAUGGCUCCCGGCCAAGCGACCCCCCUGGGCCAGACCGCCGGCGCUGGCGGGGCCCUGUGGAUCGUGGCCAUGCCGCAGCCGCACCUCGCCCGCGCAGGUCGGGUCGGCUUUUUCAGGGGAGGUGACGGGGAUACCCCGAAGAAGUCGGAGGUCAAAUCGGGGGUGCUGGAACGUGGGGUAGGCUGUAAGCCCAGGAAUAUGUGUGUAUGUCACACACACAUGUAUUGUGUAUAUGUAUUAUACAUAUAUAUAUAUAAUUAUAUAUAUAUACAUAUAUAUGUAUGUAUACUUAUAUAUAUAUAUAUAAUAUUGAACUAG